AUGGCGGAAAAAGACACGCUUGACGAGAACACCUUGCAGGUGCUGCAAGACAUGGCCAAUCGCCUGCACCUCCACGCCAUCAAGGCCCUCUGUGCCUCAAACUCCGGCCACCCCACAUUGUGCAGCAGUGCUGCUGAGAUCAUGUCCGUGCUGUUGUUCUACAUCAUGAGGUAUAAACAGAUGGACGCGGAGAACCCGAACAAUGACAGAUUCAUCCUCCCCCGCAAGGAUCAUGCUGCUCCAAUCCCUGCCACCUGGGUAGAGGAGGCCCACAUGAGUGAAUCCAACUUGUUGAGCUCGAGGAGCGUGGAGCUUGAUUUGGAGGGGCGUCCCACCCGUCAACUGUUGUUUGUUAAUGUGGCAACUGGAUGGCUGGGGCAAGGACUGGGGAUCGCAUGUGGGAUGGCAUAUACUGGCAAGUACUUUGACAAGGCCAGCUACCGCGUGUUCUGCCUCAUUGCAGAGUGCGAGUCCUCGGAAGGCUCCUUCUGGGAGGCCAUGGCCUUUGCUUCCCACUACAGUCUGGACAAUCUCGUGGCCAUCUUUGACGUGAAUCGCCUGUGCCACAGCACCCUGCCCCUCGAGCACUGCAUGGACCUCUUUCAGAAGCGCUGUGCAGCCUUUAGGCGGAGUACUUUCGUGGUGGGUGGCCGCGAUGUGGAGGCGCUGUGCCAGGUGUUCCAGCAGGCGGCUCAAGUGAAGCGCGAGCCCGGUGCUAUAGUUGCCGAGACCUUCAGGGGCCACGGCGUGCCACAUGUUGAGGAUGCAGAAAAUUGGCGUGAAAGGCCAAUGCCAAAAGAAAGAGUGGAUACAAUCAUCAAACUAAUUGAGAGCCAGAUACAGACCAAGAAGAAGCUUGACCCAAAACCCCCUGUUGAAGACUCGCGUCAAAUCAACAUCACAGAUAUAGAAAUUACCUCUCCACCUCCUUACAAUGUUGGUGACACGAUAGCUACUCGGAAAGCAUGUGGUUUGGCUCUGGCUAAGCUGGGCCAUGCAAAUGACAGAGUCGUUUUGCUGGACGGUGACAGCAGGAACUCCACCUUCUCUGAGAUAGUCCAGAAGCAACACCCUGAGGGCUUCAUUGAGUGUUCUGUUGCUGAGCAAAACAUGGUGAGCGUGGCACUGGGGUGCGCCACCCGUGGUCAGACGGUUACUUUUGUUUGCACCUUCACUGCCUUUUUGACCCGAGCAUUUUUUGAUCAGAUCCGGAUGGGAGCCAUGUCUCAAACCAGCAUCAACCUUAUUGGGUCCCACUGCGGGGUAUCCAUAGGUGAAGACGGCCCCUCCCACAUGGCCCUGGAGGAUCUGGCCAUGUUCCGAGUGGUUCCGAACUGCACUGUUUUCUAUCCAAGCGAUGCCAUCUCCACGGAGCGUGCUGUGUUCCUGGCGGCCAAUACCAAGGGGAUGUGCUACAUUCGGAUCAGUUGGCCAGAAACUGCAGUUAUUUACGACCCACACGAAACCUUUGAGAUUGGACCGGCCAAGGUCGUCCGCAACAGUGUCAACGACAGGCUCACAGUUGUUGGAGCUGGAGUGACUCUGCAUGAAGCCUUAGCAGCCGCCGGUGAUCUUUCUAAACCAGAUAUUUCUAUGCACGUCAUCGACCUGUUUACUGUUAAACCCCUGGAUGCAGCCACCAUCAUCUCCAACGCAAAAGCCACAGGUGGCCACAUUAUCACAGUGGAGGAUCACUCUCCAGAAGGUGGCAUUGGGGAGGCUGUUUGUGCAGCGGUAUCCAUGGAGCCUGACAUCCUGGUCCAUCAGCUGGCAGUGCCGGGGGUGCCUCAGAGCAGGAGGCCGAGCGAGCUGCUCAGUGUGUUUGGGAUCAGCUCCAGACACAUCAUAGUGGCUGUGAGGAGCAUUUUAAAGAAUUAA